AAGGUUUAUUGUAUAUGAUAGAGUAGUCAUACUAAUUAGCUAGUGUAACACUGAACUUGCUCCAUAGAUAUCUAGUACUCGAUAUUCCAUUGUACACUUAGAGGAAAAAAUAAUGGGAAGAGAGAAACGAGCUUGUCAAGGUAAACAACACUUCAGCCAUCCACACAUCUUGAAACCAAUUGUGAAUCCAACUGAAACUCUCUUUUGCAAUGCUUGUGAGCAACCAAACAUUACUAGUAAUUUCUAUGGCUGCAAUACCUGCCAAUAUUUCCUCCACCAAAACUGCCUCAACGCUCCGCGUUUUCUUGAUCAUUCUUGUCAUCCUUCUCACCACUUGACUCUUCUCCCAAUUCCGACUUACUCGAAUCGUUCUUACACUUGCAAGGCUUGUGCCUCUGCUGGAAAUGGUUUUAGUUUUAGCUGUGCAUGUUGCGAAUUCGAUGUCCACAUGCACUGUGCUCUUUUGCCCCAAACUGUCUUCCUGUCCCAGCACCAUCAUCAUGAUCUUGAGCUCAUAUUUGAAUCCCCUUUUUAUGAUGAUGCCGAUGAUGAAAGCACCGUUUUUGUUUGUGAUCUCUGUCGCGACAAUGUAGAUCUUAAUAACUGGUUGUAUUAUUGUUCUGAUUGUGAUUUUGGUACACAUCUCGAAUGUGCCAUUUCCAAAUCUGUCAGCCAACAAGAACGUCCGAAACUGUUGGGCAACAAACCAAGAGAAAAUCCAGUAGUAAUCAGGAAAACAGAGGAGGUACCCAUCAAGAACGAAAAAGAAAUCAAUCAAGAAGAAGAGGCAGAGGAAGAAGAAGAAGUAGAAGAAGAGGAAGCAGAAGCGGAAGACGAAGAAGAGGAGGAAGAAGAAGCAGAAGAAGAGGAAGCAGAAGCUGAAGCGGAAGAUGAAGAGGAAGAGAAGGAAGAGGAGGAACUCAAUUAUCCAAGAUCAAUUCUUAUUGACAAACAUCAACAUGAGUUGGAGCUCUGCUUUGGUUCUCCGUACGAAGAUAAGGAUACUCUAUUUGCUUGUGAUAUCUGCAGUAUCAUAAUGGACUCGGACGAAUCUUUGUACUAUUGCGCUGAUUGUGAUUUCGUGUUGCACUUGGAAUGUGCAUCUCCUGAUGCUGAUGUUUCCCCCACAUUACAGCAGCAUCGAAAUCCAAAUUAUCCAAUUCCAAAUCCAAAUCGAACAGUGGAGAUGAUAAAUUAUGUGACGAAUUGUAAUACUGGAACAGGACAAGGUAUUGACUAUAAUCAUACUCUAUUUCUCAGUCCUACUGAUGUUAGUGGCAUUAGCAUCAUCUCGUUUCAGCUAGCUAGAAGUCAAAUUCUUCUCAUGGAUCCAUUACCAACUAUUAGCCAGGCUUAUGGAAUGAUAGUGGGGGAUGACUGUCAAAAGGCUAUGGUGAUAGGAUAUCCUCCUGACUUCAAAUCCAAAAUAAAGACUCAAGGUAUUACUUCUGGUCAGGUAAUAACUGAUGCUGGUCACUCUAAUGCAUCAACAUCUCAGGCAAAUUUCUUAUAUGGUAUGAACACUAAUGUUCAUAUACUAGAUAGAGGUACAAAGGGUGAAUCAUCCACAGCUAACAUAAAUGCUAAUUUAGCUGUCAAUAACCCCAAUAUGACAGUGAGCAAAGCUGAGAAGGAUGUUCAACAACUUCGUCAGGGCUGCACUUUCACAAAAGAUCAGUAUGAUCACAUACUUCACAUGUUUCAGCAAAGACCAGACCCUGCUGCAGCAGCCUGCAAUGCUACUCAUUCAGCAGUUCCUAAGACAGUAUACCUUCCAAAUUGUGAUGCCACUCAAGUUACUCAUGUUGGAUCAUGUGCAUUAUCUACUAGAAGUGCUCUUACAGAUGUGUUUCAUCUUUCAGAAUUCAAAUAUAACUUGAUGUCUGAGCUUUACAGUGGGAAGGUGAAGGAGGUUGGUAGAGAGGCUGGAGGUUUGUAUUUGUUGUUGCAUCAGUUAGCUGAUAAAAGGAAGGAGUCUGCAUUGAAGUCUACAUUUGUUGCUACCAAUCCAAGCUCAGAACUUUCCAGCAGUGUCAUCAACUUUCAAACUCCCUAUGAGAGAUUGCAUGGUACUCCACCUGUAUUAAGUCAUUUGAGGACACUUGGACGUUUAUGCUUUGCCAAAGAUCUAUCUGUACAUGACAAGUUGAUGCCAAGAUUAAGAAUGGUUGUGCAUAUGGGAUAUUCACAAGUACAUCAACCUGUAUUUACAGAUCAUUUGCAAGAUACAAGUGUUAUUUUUCCUCACUUAGAUCUAGCUUCAAUACCUCCUUGUGGUCCAUCAUCAGGUGAAACUUUACAGCAGUGUGAUGACCCACAAUCUGAGGUUCCACAUAUGACUAUAACUGAUGAGGUUGACUGUGCAGAAGGUAGUGAUUGUGUGCAUGUUGUUGUUGUUGACAUAAGUGCACCUGAGGUGGUUCCAAAUGCUACUGAGAAUGAUAUUGUACCUACCAGCAUGAGGUCUACUAGGAUCAGACAAGCUCCACUGUGGUUAAAGGAGUUUGUAUCCUUGAAAGGUUACAAGGAAGUGAAGUAUCCUAUAUGUAAUUACCUAAGCUAUUCUCAUUUGUCGCCUAGCUAUCAGUGCUAUAUAGCUGCUACUACACCAUGUAAGGAACCUACCAGUUACUUAGAGGCUAUCAAGGAUCAAAGAUGGGUUGAUGCUAUGAAAAAUGAAAUUCAGGCCUUGGACAAUAACAAUACUUGGAAGAUUACAGACUUACCACCUGGAAAGAAACCUAUUGGGUGUAGGUGGAUAUACAAAGUCAAGUAUAAAUCUACUGGUGAAAUAGAGAGGUUCAAAGCAAGACUAGUUGCAAAAGGUUACAGCCAACAAGAAGGGAUAGACUAUAAAGAGACUUUCUCACCUGUGGUUAAAAUGGUGACAAAUUCCAAGGAAAUGGGAAGAGGAAAACAGACAUGUCAAGGUAAACAACACUUCAGUCAUCCACACAUCUUGAAACCAAUUGUCAAUCCAACUGAAACUCUUACUUGCAAUGCUUGUGAGCAACCAAACAUUACUAGUAACUUCUAUGUCUGCACUACCUGCCAAUAUUAUCUCCACGAAAACUGCCUCAACGCUCCACGUUUUCUCCAUCACGCAUCUCAUCCAUCCCACCACUUAACCCUUCUCCCAGUUCCAACUUACUCGAAUCGUUCUUAUACUUGCAAGGCUUGUGGCUCUGCUGGCAAUGGUUGUAGCUUUAGCUGUGCCUGUUGCGACUUUGAUAUCCGUAUGCAAUGUGCCCUUUUGCCCCAAACUGUUGUCCUAUCCCAGCAACAUCAUCAUGAACUUGAACUCAUUUUUGAAUCCCCUUAUGAUGACGAGGCUGAUGAAAGCACUGUUUUUAUUUGUGAUGUCUAUCACGACAAUGCGGAUCUUAAUAACUGGUUAUAUUAUUGUGCUGAUUGUGAUUUUGGCACACAUCUAAAAUGUGCCAUUUCCAAAUCUGUCAGACAACAAGAACCGAAACAGAGGAAAACAGAGAAGGAACCAAUCAAGAUACAUGAAAUCAAUAAAAAAGAGGAAAACAGAGGUGUGACGAGUAAAGUAAAAAAUCUGAAGCAUUUUAGCCACUCCCAUCCUUUAGAACUCUGUAAAGUUCAACAAUCAAAUGAAAUAAUCUGCUCAGGUUGUGAGGAUGAACUUUGUGACACUAGUGCUAAUUACAAAUGCACAAAAUCCAAUUGCGAAUUCAACCUUCAUAAAUCAUGCUUCGAAUUACCAAGAAAAAUACAACACAAUUCCCAUCCUAAUCACCCUCUCACUUUGUACCCUACUUCACCCGAACGACGACUCUAUUUUGGUUGCAAUGCUUGUGGUGAAAUACCAAACUCCUUUGUCUACGAAUGCCUCGAAUGCAACUUUAGUCUCCAUGCUAAAUGUGCUACCUCUUGGCCUGAAACCGCGACUCGUGAGGAUCAUCAACAUUCCCUUACGCUCCAAUAUCAAUGGCCAUUUCCUAGUGAAGAUUCUGUGUAUAUAUCCUGCAAUGUGUGCGACGGACAUUGUAAUGAUAGCUUAUGGCUUUAUUACUGUGCCGAGUGUAAACUUGGCACACACUUGAAAUGUGUGACAGUUAAAAAGGAAGAAGAUUCGAGCCUUGAGACUGAAAAAGAACCCGUACACGAAGAGAAUAUGACUAAUGCGGAGAGAUUGAUGAUGGCGUCGAUCGAGCUUCAGGAGCAUCAGGCAAGGAUGAAUUUUCGAUCUAAUAUGGCCCAUCAAAACGCCCAAUUUAUGAACAAUUUGUUUGGUAACCCUUAUCGUUAUUACUAAGGGUUUUCUUCUUCGGAAUAUAAAAUAAAAACUAUUUUCUUAUUAUAUGGUCUUUCCAUAAGAGAAAUUGUCUCUAGUUACAAGCUAAUUAGCUUUGUUGAUUAUUUUGGUAGUUGUUGCUUUUCCA